UUAGACUUCCCAAUAACCAAAUUCACCUAAAUUCCAGAGACAAUCUAGAAUAUGUCUAGGACUUUAAAUUCCGUUCACAAAAAAACGUAAUAGCAUGCGUAAUGAGUGUACAUAAAAGAGUUAUUCUAAUCACGUAGUACACAUCAAAGAGUCGUGUUCGAGUUGAGCAUUUCUGUUUUGUCAUUUAAACUUCACUAUAAUUUCUUGGUCUUUUCUUGUCUGGCUUUGUCAGAGACUCAAACAUGGCAAGUGGAAAUGACGGUGGUAACAAUAAGCUUCAACUCUAUUCUUACUGGAGGAGUUCAUGUUCUUGGCGUGUCCGAAUUGCCCUCAAUUUGAAAGGGAUAGAUUAUGAAUAUAAAGCUGUGAACUUGCUGAAGGGAGAGCAAAACAGUCCUGAGUUUAGAAAGCUCAAUCCUCUUGGUUAUGUGCCGGCUUUGGUAGAUGGGGAUUUUAUUCUUUCUGAUUCUUUUGCUAUUUUGAUGUAUCUGGAAGAGAAGUAUCCUCAGCAUCCAUUGUUGCCUUCUGAUCUUAAGACAAAAGCUAUCAAUUUUGAGGCUGCAAAUAUUGUGUCCUCAAGCAUACAGCCUCUGCAGAAUUUGGUUGUAUUGAAUUACAUUGAUGAGAAAUUUGGCCCUGAUGAGAAACUUCCUUGGGUUAAACAUUUCCUUGGAAAAGGCUUUGCAGCGCUUGAGAUGCUGUUAAAAGACUAUUCUGGAAAAUAUGCAACUGGGGAUGAAGUGUACCUGGCAGAUUGUUUUCUAGCACCGCAGAUUGAUACAGGAUUUACAAGGUUCAAUCUUGACAAGAGCGAGUUCCCUAUUUUAGCAAGGUUGCAUGAAGCCUACUGUGAGCUACCAGCAUUCCAGAAGGCUAUGCCACCUAAUCAGCCCGACACCCCUUCCUCAUGAACUGGUUAGAUCAAUAAACUGAGGAGAUCAACAUCGUUGACUCGAGUACUCAGCAUAAGUGCAAAACAUUGGAGCUUUAGUUGAAGGUUUCAAAGAAUUUGCAAAUGACUGGGUUGUUCAUCAUGUAUAGCUGUGGUGAAUAAUAAUAAAGGAUUGUAUGAAGAAAUAAUUUGAAUUUUCUUAA